AUAAAACCAAUGAAGAAGAGUAAAGCUAGUACAAGGAUUAUUGGGAGAACAACAAAAUAUCAAUCAAAGACAGGGAUGUCUAGCACAGUAAAGAAAGCAAAACCUUCUGCAAUCAUCAAGAAGGAGAUAGAGGGAAAGAAAGAGUCUACUAUCAAGGCCAGAAAGAAUAGGAUUAGGCCAUUUGCUACAAACCAAAAGUCAUCCUCAAAGUUGAAGGAGGUUUCGAUUAAACCUUCAAAGCUGGACUCAAGGGAAGGAUCUCCUCAUGGAAUAAUUACCCAGGAAAAGUUGAAUAAUAAGAGAGCUUCAACUUCAAAUACAAAAACGAGACAAAGGAAGCCAUUUCGGCCCCCUCAAGAUGACCCAGAAAGUUCGGAGACUGAUCUUCAUACAGAAAAAGCUUACAUUAAGAAGGUAGCUAUCGGAGCUUCAGUCAAUUUGAAGACAAAUGAGAUCCAAAGUAAUAUCGAUGGAUACUCUCAAAGUGACCUGUGGGAAAGAGAAGAUAGCAAAGGAUAUUUAGAAAACAGCAGGAAGCUUCUAGAUCGUCUCAAGAAAAACCCCUCUUGCGAAUAUGAUGCAAGGAAUACCAUCUCAGGAGGAAGUCCAAACAUUAGGUCUAAAAAGGAUAGGUUCAAGGUCAUUACGACUAAGAUGGUUAAAGAAAGUCUGGUAAACUCAGAGCCAAGGAGAAAAUAUAUUCCUCCUGAAUCAAGAGCACCUGGCCAGGUUGAUAGAAUUCAGAUCAGCCUUGACAAUAACACCUCUGAUACUAAAGAAGAUCCUCAUAAGCUUGAUUCAAAUGCUUCAAAGGAAUUAAAAAGGCUGAAUGAAGUAAGCUCCUAUGCUUCAAAUGGGCCUAUCAUGAAAAGUAUUGUCGAAGAGGAGAUAGUAGAAAUCACAGAAAACGAAGUGGAUCCUUAUCCUCAGAGAUCCACUGCUAUUAAUGAGUUAGUUAGGAGUAAAGAUACAUUCCCAGGAGGGCUCAAAGAAAAAGCUCAAAAUUCAACUCCAAAGAAAGAUUUUUCAACAAAGGCAAAUCUGCCAAAUAGAUCACCAAGAAAUGGAGGGAUCAGGCAUGUCAUUGACAAAAAUGAGGGUGCAAUCGUCUCUAACGAGAAGAAUGUAAUAUCUUCAAACGAGAAAACAGUCCUCAAGAAGACCAUUGAUGCCCCUAAAAUACCUAUUGGAAGCCAUAAAGCAUCAAUAAACAGCACAACUCAGCAGGAUUUCUUUGCUCAUAGUAAUUCACAUAAUAUCGAAUACAAACAGAAGUCAAGACCAAGCUUCCAUAGUGCAAGGGACGAUGACAAUGGAGCUAUAGGCCAGAACGGGAACAAAUCUCCUUCUGCGAAUACAGAACAGCCUGCAUUCUCCCCAGGAAGGACGAUGGGAGGCUCCCCAGUGGUCCAAUCCAACGAGGGAAAACUGAUUAAGAAGCUUGGUGAAAAACAAAAGAUGUUGGAGAAAUAUGAAUCUAUGCUACAGAAGGUCAAUGUUGAGUUCCAAAAUACACUUAACCAAAACAAAGAUCUGGCAAACCAGAUCUCAAUGCUUGAACUUAGAUGCCACCAAGCUGAGAGUAAGGUCCAAGGCACUCAGGAGACUACAGAAAGUCAGAGAUAUAAUCUCCAGAGGCAGAUUGAUGAAUUGGUUUUAGAGAAAAAUGAGAUACAUCAGAACUCUUUAGAACAACUUAAAUCUAAGAAUCAAGAAAUUGAUAACUUGCAGAAGACCAAGCUUGAACUGGAGCAAAGACUUGCUUCACAAGCUGAAGAGGUUGCAAACUCUACAAAGGAAUCAGUUGAGGCUAAAGCUAUGGUUGAAGAACUUCAAAAGAAAAUAAUGCUGCAAAGCGUUGAGAUACAACAAAAGAAUGACGAUUAUACAACAGAUGUCACUAACUAUGAUCUGGCAUCACAAACCUUUAAGAAAGAGAUAGAACAAUUGAUGAAGCAGAGAAAUGAUUUAAUGGAAGAGAACAAGGCUCUUAAGGAGCAAAACUGGAAAGAAGGGUUGGUUUCAAGGCAAGUGGUUACUGAAAGCGAGGCUUUGAAGAGAGAAAUCCUUAAUCUAAGAAACACUAUUGAAAUCUCAAAUGAAACUGAGAAAGAAUACAAAAAUGAGAAUAAGUAUCUUAAGGAGGCUUCUUUGAUGCAAGAGAAAAAGGCAUUAGUUUAUCAGAGUAUUAUCACUCAGGGUGAUCAGUUCAAUAACAACUUAGCCAAUAACUUGCAAAGUUCACUUGAAUUGCUAAGGACUUCUGAAGAAAUUAAUAAGGGGCUAGUACUAAUCAAGCUUGAAAAAUUGCUAGAGGAUGUAGGAAAUCAUAGAUUCAAGACAAAGAGCAAACUAGAGCAAAUGACAUUACAAGCUCCAAUCCAAUCUUCAUUUGAUCCUUCUUUGAUUAAGCCUGAUAUGAAGUUCACUGCAAACCCAUUAAGCUUCUCCCAAGAUGCUUUGACAGGUUUUAAAUUAGACAUGUCUCCUACUAGAAUUAGUCCUACUGAAAUGUCACCAACUAGAGUUUUAAACACAAACACUCUGAUGUCUAAAAUGUCAAAUUUCGAGAUGUCUCCUCCUACAAAAGACGGAAGAAGUCCUGUAAGACAAGCUGUACCAGAGACAGUUCCUGUAACCAGCGAGCACCUCCGCAAAUCAAGGAAGGAAAGAAUAGACCCAGCCCAGAUGCAGCCUGCUGGCAUGAAAUCUACCAAAGACAACCAAUAUUACUAACCCAGAUCCUGCUCAAAUAAUUCCCCCGAAUAAACCUUCCUCUUU